GUACUCCCCUCCAAUCAGAUGCUUUGAUUGUACAGCGGCAUCUCCGUUACAGCAAGUCAGAGCGCUCGCCCGCAGCGAUGGAUCGGUGAAGCCUCCGCAUGAAGGCUGCAGGUCGUUCCUCCUUGCGGAGCGGAAGAAGUGAAGAUUGCGCAAGGAGCAAUGGAGAGGAACGACGACUUGGCAUGCGAGCGUGCGCUUUUGGAUAGUAUCUCUCGAGCGGAAGAUAAAUCAGGCUUGCACUUAUCCAGGGUUUGCAGUUAAGGAGUGCCACGGAUGCAGCAGCAACUGGAUUGCGUCCAAAUUAUCCGAGUCAUUGUUCAUCGCCCACCGGUGUCAGUGUCAGCAGCACUGGUGUCAGGAACAGGCCGCAUGAUUCGCCGUGAAGUCUAUCUGGAUCUAGCCGCUUUUGUGGCAUGCAACUUGAUGUUGCCCUCGUCUCGUUUGAGAGUAUUAUCGGAGAGAGCAGUACAUUAUCCUGCACCAACACACGUUCUUCAAUAAGACGUCGAGUACGAGUCUUCGUGAAGGGUACGAGGUCACGCCUACGAAUCCAAUCCCAUCACUUCGUCGUGGUUACCAGGAGUCGGAGGACAUUAUGAACAAUCUAAGCGGUAUGCCAGUGAUGCCAUGCCGAUAGAUUCUAUUGUUCUAUAAUUGUGUCAUCCAUCUCCUGCUGAAGUGGGUGAGACUGCCUUCCACGCCGAGGUCAACCUUCUCCAUCUCCAAAGGGAACGGAAAUAUCAAGUUGCAGCAUGGAUCGAAGAUUAGGGUUCGUGCGAAGGAGUUCAACCUGGUGUAGGCAACAGGUUCAGUGGGCCACAGCAAAGUGAUGGAUGAGGAGUUUGCACAGGGCGGAAUGCAAAGAACUAUUGGCGGCCGAGGGCAACGAGCAGGCCCUCGUAGAUGGGGAUGGUGGUAGUGGUGGCGAGGCAAGGCCUGGUACAGUUGCACGAAUUAAGAAUUCAGGCAUCCUUUUCUGUGCUAGAUUUGGCACAUUCGAAUAGUGUCUAACGCUGAAGCUCCUUUUUGGGUCCCACAAAGCAAAAGCCACAAGAGGUUUUGGACCCAAUGCCAUCACUAAUGGCGACCGAUUGACUUUCUUGUCCGUUAGCCGACUACUUACCUCGUUUAACAUCUGGAGUUUGUCUUGUGGUUGUGACUUUGUCGUGAAGGAAGUGAGUGGACGAGUGGAUGCAUACGCUAGUCAUGUCUCGUUUCCGUUCGCCUACACCUCGUGUCAAUAAAACUUUCAGCACGGCCACAGGUGGAUAUCUCAUUUGUUUUUCUAGAUAUUUGUUACGCAAAGGGGUGUGUAACAUGGUCUGGGGCAAACAAUUUGACUCGGAAUUAAAAGUGAGUUGGGAAGGACGAGGAGGGCCCCAGUGUUCAUGCGUCCGAUCAUCAGACUGUGACUGUAAGAUUCUACGAAUCGGGACUCGGCGUCCCUCAUUUUUUUAAAUCAAUGUCAUCUUGGACGUCUUUAUGAGGUAAACAAUGUUCCAUUAUGGAAUUUGCUUCGAAGAAACGUACUUUUGGUUGAUACUCGUGCAGGUGUGGGCAGUUCAGACGCGGUCUGCACAACGUAGGCAUAAGUUGGAACUCUGUUGGGGAGAUCCUCGUUUGAAGCUCUCGUGCACCAGUUUAACGCUCUCGCUGGGAAUCAUCAGGCCGCCUUCAAUUGUGCGUGUCUAGUCCUAGAGUGGUCUCCUAAUCAGUGUACUCUAUGGUAGAAGUCGUCGUGGGCCUCGUUCCAUGUAGUUCGCUUAUAAUGCUACAAUAUAUUAUUGAGGAACUUUCCGGUACUGUAGUGGG